CCUCCUCGAUCCUGCUCCCAGUAAUCUCUCUCUCUCUCACCCUUCUUCUUUUUCUCUCUCUAGAACCAGGAAGAGAAGACGAGGAAGGGAAGGAGAUAUGGCGGACAAGGAGAACUGUUCUCGCCUGACUCGCGCCGGGGCCAAGAGGGCAUUUGCUUCCGCAGCAGCUGCUGCUGCCGCCGCCGCCGAGCAGCGGCCAGUAAAGAGAAAGCGGGUGGCACUUGGCGAGCUCCCGACCCUUUCAAAUGCCUUGGUCGAUGUGUCCUCAUCUAAUCGAGCUAUCUCCAAGUCCAAGCCUCGAUCCAAGGAGGGUAGGAACGCGGAAGCUGUAAAAGUGGGUGGAGAGAAGUUGGACGAUCCUCAGUUCUGCCCGCAUUACGCCUCCGAUAUUUACUGUUAUCUUCGGUCCAUGGAGGUUGAAGAGAAGAGGAGGCCAGUGGCGGGGUAUAUUGAGAGCGUUCAGAAGGAUGUGAAUCCUAAUAUGAGGGGGAUUUUGGUGGAUUGGCUGGUGGAAGUUGCUGAGGAGUAUAAAUUGGUCUCGGAUACGUUGUACCUCACUGUUUCAUAUAUUGAUCGGUAUCUAUCGUUUAAUACAAUUAACAGGCAGAGGCUUCAGCUUAUUGGAGUUUCAGCUAUGCUCAUUGCCUCGAAAUAUGAAGAGAUCAGCCCUCCUCACGUAGAGGACUUCUGUUAUAUAACUGAUAAUACAUAUACCAAGAAACAGGUUGUUGAGAUGGAAAGUGACAUCCUCAAAUUUCUCAACUUUGAGAUGGGCAAUCCUACCAUCAAAACCUUUCUAAGGAGAUUCUUGAAGGCCAGCCUUGAAGAUGGUGAAAAUCCAAGCCUGCUGCUAGAGUUUAUGGGUUGCUAUCUUGGAGAGUUGAGCUUAUUAGAUUAUAAAUGUGUUCAGUUCCUACCAUCAAUUGUAGCUGCUUCAGCUGUUUUUCUUGCAAGAUUCACCAUCAACCAGGAAAUAAGUGUUUUUCUACAUAUCUAAUAUUUGCAGAGCAAAAAAUUGAGACAUUGUACUGGUUAUAAAGUGUCAGAUUUGAAGGAAUGCAUCCAUUUAAUCCAUGAUUUGCAGUUGAACAAAAGAGGAUCCAAUUUGGUGGCAGUUAGAGAAAAAUACAAACAUCAUAGAUUCAAGUUUGUGUCUUCAAUGGUUCCUCCAGCUGUUAUACCUGAAUCAUUUCUAGAGGAUUUUGGAGUACAAGUUUUGUGAUAGCUUUGGUUGUACAGUGUGGUGAUAGAUUUGGUAAAGGUACAUCUUUUGUUAUGUUCAUUGAGUUUUGCAUCUCAACUUUGUAAAACUCAUGAUGAGGUUUUUUGCUUGAGUAAAGUUCGAGUUGGAAUUUGAACUGUGACCAACUUAGAUUAGAUGUAAUUUAUUUUUUGGUUAGAUGUGAAGUUGGUGAAGAUAUUUUGUUGACAUGUUCCAAACCAAACAAACUAAAAUUUAGGAAGUUGGAAGUUUUGCAAGCUUAGAUGUUAGUAAGUUCAAUAAUGUACUUGUUUAACAUUGUUCAAUUUUUGUUUUCAGUUGAAAAGAGUUGAAAAGA